AUGACAUUGACUUCAAAAAUUAAACUGUCAUUUUUUUAUGAUAUUAUUUCACCACAUUGUCUACCUAUUUUUACUGAACUUUCAAAAGACAUCACAUUUAAAAAUGUAAAAUUGGAUUUGAAACCAGUAAUUGUAUCAAAUAUAGAGUCAGAAUAUGGUUUAUCUACUGAUUUUGUAAUGUCAAAAAAACAUAAUGACGUCAAAUUGAUUAAUGCUCUUUACAAAUUUAAUAUGGUAAUUCCUGAUAAUUGGAUAGAAAUUUUGUUAGAAAAUAAAACAGAAUAUGUACAAAAAUUUCUAGCUAACUUAACUAGUCAUAAUGAGACAAAUCAAAAAGAUCUUAUUAAUAUUAAUUUAAAAUUACUUAAUUUAUUUUGGGUAGAAAAAAAGUUAGACAUUGAUAAAACUACUUUAGAAGAUCUUGUUAAAAGUUUUACUUUUUUUAAUACUGAAUUUGAUUAUGCAAGUAGUGAACAAUUAAAUGAAAAUGUUAAUAUAGCAAGUAAUGAAGAUGUAAGUGAAACACCAUUUUUUAUUUUGACAGCUCCAAAAAACCGUCGUUAUACAUAUAGAGGCUAUGAAUCUAUACCAUUAAUUAAAAAUGAAAUAAUUUUACAAAAGGAUAAAUUAAAUACUGUUAUUUGUAAUUUAUAA